UCCACAUAUAUAAAUACAAGUACAAGCGGCAAGAAAAAUCAUUCGAUAUCAUAGUUUGGUAAGCUUCAUAGCUGGCUGCUCCGAACUUGAAACGUAAAACCACAAAUUUGAUACUUUCUGUGUGUAUUUGUUAAAAAACCAAAAAACUCAAAAUGCGUGAAUGUAUCUCUAUCCAUGUCGGUCAAGCUGGUGUCCAAAUUGGUAACGCCUGCUGGGAAUUGUACUGCUUGGAACAUGGCAUCCAGCCUGAUGGUCAAAUGCCCUCUGAUAAGACUGUCGGUGGUGGUGAUGAUUCUUUCAACACCUUCUUCAGCGAAACUGGCGCUGGCAAACACGUACCCCGUGCCGUCUUUGUCGAUUUGGAACCCACUGUAGUCGAUGAAGUCCGUACUGGCACCUACCGUCAAUUGUUCCAUCCCGAACAAUUGAUCACUGGUAAGGAAGAUGCCGCCAACAACUACGCCCGUGGUCACUACACCAUUGGCAAGGAAAUUGUAGACUUGGUCUUGGACCGCAUCCGCAAAUUGGCUGAUCAAUGUACCGGUCUCCAAGGUUUCUUGAUCUUCCACUCGUUCGGUGGUGGCACCGGUUCCGGUUUCACCUCCUUGUUGAUGGAACGUUUGUCGGUCGAUUAUGGCAAGAAAUCCAAAUUGGAAUUCGCCAUCUAUCCCGCUCCCCAAGUCUCGACUGCCGUGGUUGAACCCUACAACUCGAUCUUGACCACCCACACCACCUUGGAACACUCUGACUGCGCCUUCAUGGUCGACAAUGAAGCCAUCUACGACAUCUGCCGUCGUAACUUGGACAUUGAGCGUCCCACUUACACCAACUUGAAUCGUUUGAUCGGCCAAAUUGUGUCCUCCAUCACUGCUUCGUUGCGUUUCGAUGGUGCCCUCAAUGUCGAUUUGACUGAAUUCCAAACUAACUUGGUGCCCUACCCACGUAUCCACUUCCCCUUGGUCACCUACGCCCCCGUCAUCUCGGCCGAAAAAGCCUACCACGAACAAUUGUCCGUUGCCGAAAUCACCAACGCCUGUUUCGAGCCCGCCAACCAGAUGGUCAAGUGCGAUCCUCGUCAUGGCAAAUACAUGGCCUGCUGUAUGUUGUAUCGUGGUGAUGUUGUGCCCAAGGAUGUCAAUGCCGCCAUUGCCACCAUCAAGACCAAGCGCACCAUUCAAUUCGUUGACUGGUGUCCCACUGGUUUCAAGGUCGGUAUUAACUACCAACCACCCACUGUUGUGCCCGGUGGUGAUUUGGCCAAGGUACAACGUGCCGUCUGCAUGUUGUCCAACACCACCGCCAUUGCCGAAGCUUGGGCCCGUCUCGAUCACAAGUUCGACUUGAUGUACGCCAAGCGUGCCUUCGUCCAUUGGUACGUCGGUGAGGGUAUGGAAGAAGGUGAAUUCUCCGAAGCCCGUGAAGAUUUGGCUGCCCUCGAAAAGGAUUACGAGGAAGUCGGUAUGGAUUCCGGUGAUGGUGAAGGUGAGGGUGCUGAAGAAUAUUAAGCA